CGUUGCGAACUGUUUUCCAUCGAGCGAAUACAUCGCGGAGCAUGAUCUCCACGAAAACACUGGAAUUCUGUGCAAGUAAAUAGCUAUCGAAACGGCAACAGCUUCCAUCGUAGCUGACAUCACACGGGACAACCGGGGAAGACUGAAAUCCCUGCACGCAAAACCGUAUUCUGCAGGCAAACUUGAACGUAGAACGAAAUGAGCCAACAAUAUGUUAGCCCGCUUUCGAUAGCGGUUAUCUGUUCGUCGAACAUGAACCGCUCGAUGGAAGCACACGGAUUUUUGGCCAAAAAGCGUUUCAAAGUACGAUCGUUCGGCACCGGCGACAAGGUGAAACUUCCUGGAACGGCGGCAGACAAGCCGAAUGUUUACGAGUUUGGCACAACGUACGAUGACAUCUACAACGAUCUGGCAGCCAAAGAUAAACAAUACUAUACACAGAACGGACUUCUUCACAUGUUGGACCGAAAUCGUCGGAUCAAAUCAUGCCCUGAGAAGUUUCAGCUAUGUACGGAACGAUUCGACGUUCUAGUGACGUGCGAAGAGCGUGUGUACGAUCAGGUCAUAGAAUACAUGGAAUCAAAAACACCCACCUACAAUUUGCCGGUGCAUGUAAUAAACAUUGACAUACAGGAUAACCACGAAGAGGCAACCGUCGGUGCGUUCCUCAUUUGUGAUCUGAUAACCAUGAUGGCACAGAGUGAAGACCUGGACAACGAUAUCGACGAAUUGCUUCAUGAUUUCGAGAACAAAUGCCAACGAAGUGUACUGCACUGUGUUCUUUUUUAUUAGUAUAUAGCUAAGAGAUUUGAUCGAGUAUUUGCUUUCUUUACGGGAUGAUUUUAUUUUUCUGGAACGGUUACAACUAUAACGAUGUUGAACAGUAACUACAAGCUUCCCUGAAUCUUUUGAUACAACAUGUAACGUUUAAUGCAAUUUUGAUUCAGCCUUUUUUAACCUUUCAUUCAAUUCCGGUUUCGUAUAAGGUUUUAAUUUACGACACAACGGAUUUUCUUUUCGCUUUCGUCAUUUAUUACAUCGACUUAUUGGCAGUAAAUAUGUUAAAACACAACUAUAAGCGUUGAUUGAUUAGAAAACAGAAGGAAGUAAUACCACUAAGUGAUAUGCAAUUUAAUAUUCAAAA